CCUCCGUCUACCUCAUACCGCCAUGGCCAACUAUCUCGCGUCGAUCUUCGGCACGGAGCAAGACAAGGUCAACUGCUCGUUCUACUACAAGAUCGGGGCGUGCCGACAUGGCGACCGCUGCUCGCGCAAACACGUCAAGCCGUCGUACUCGCAGACGGUCCUCAUGCCGAACAUGUACCAGAACCCGGCAUACGAUCCCAAGAGCAAGAUGAACCCGAGUCAGCUGCAGAACCACUUCGAUGCCUUUUACGAAGACGUGUGGUGCGAGAUGUGCAAAUACGGCGAGAUUGAAGAAUUGGUCGUCUGCGACAACAACAAUGACCAUCUCAUUGGAAACGUCUACGCCCGGUUCAAAUACGAAGAAGACGCACAGACGGCCUGCGACGCGCUGAAUUCCCGCUGGUACGCCGCCCGACCGAUAUACUGCGAACUGUCGCCCGUCACGGAUUUCCGCGAGGCUUGCUGUCGGCUGAACAGCGGCGAGGGCUGUGUCCGCGGCGGGUUCUGCAAUUUCAUCCACCGCAAGGACCCGAGCAACGAGCUCGACCGUGACCUCAAGCUGAGCACAAAGAAGUGGCUGAAGGACCGUGGGCGCGAUGCCCGCAGCGCGACUCGCAGUCCGAGCCCGGAGCCGACUAGGAAGAGAUUCUAGGGAGGAAAAAGAGGCUGUAUCCUGUCCAUGUCAUUUUCUUGGCGUUCUUGAGGGCGGUUGUUCUUAUCACCAUGUUUCUUUGUCUUUGUCUUUGUAGCGUAAUAUCCAGAAGGAAUUGAUCGUUGAUCGGUAAUCUACCAGUACCUCUAAGCCUCGAUAAUAAUAUAAGAAAAAAAGGUUUAUUCUUUGU